CUAAAAAUUUGAAGAGUUGGUGCGGAUGCUAUUACUCUUUCUCUCUCUCUCUCUGUCUCUCUCUCUCUCUCUCUAUAUUCUCCGUCUAAUCCCCCAAAUUCAAUCAUUCCCUUAAUCCUCCCCCCCUCUCCCCAUCAGGCAAUUUCUGUGAGGGUAGGUCACGCCUCUGAUCUGAUUGGAGGUGUUAGGUUUGUUGUUUGUAUUUAUGGCAUCGAAACGCAUCCUGAAGGAGCUCAAGGAUUUGCAGAAGGACCCUCCCACAUCAUGCAGCGCCGGUCCUGUAGCCGAAGACAUGUUCCAUUGGCAAGCAACAAUUAUGGGACCUACUGAAAGCCCGUAUGCUGGAGGCGUAUUUCUGGUUUCUAUUCAUUUUCCUCCUGAUUAUCCUUUUAAGCCCCCUAAGGUGGCAUUUAGGACCAAAGUUUUCCACCCGAACAUUAAUAGCAAUGGAAGCAUUUGCCUUGAUAUUCUGAAGGAACAAUGGAGUCCAGCAUUAACCAUAUCUAAGGUCCUGCUGUCCAUCUGUUCCCUGUUGACAGACCCCAACCCCGACGAUCCACUUGUGCCAGAAAUAGCUCACAUGUACAAGACUGACAGGGCCAAAUACGAGGCCACCGCUCGCAGCUGGACGCAGAAGUAUGCCAUGGGAUGAUGGUAAGGACCCCCAUGGCUUUUCUUCUGAAAGAUUAUAUGCAACUGUGUUCUUGUCUGAUAUGAUGUGCUUUGGGUGAAAGAAUAAAAAGUGUUGGUAAGGAAACCUUGUUUACUCUUUAAACUUGAACUUGGCAAGGAAGUUGGGUUUGUUACUUUGUGAAUAUUAAUUCUAAGACAUUGGAAGAGGGGGGAAAGGAAACUGAAAUGUAAUGAUGCUUUGGUUUUUUAUGUAUUUAUUCAGUGAAUGAUCUCUGUU